CCUCGUGUAGACUCCCUCUUUAGGUUUUGUCACCGUUUCAAACCCCCGAGAUCAAUCAACAUUACCAAAAACCAGAGCCAAGCCAACGGAGGAAAAGAGGGAUUUGGCACUUGGUUUCCCCAUCGAGAUCUCGAAAGAGAAAGAGAGCAAAGAAAAUUCUCUCUCAUCCAAAGAUUCGAACACCUUAAUUACUAUGAUUUUUCCAAAAAUAAGUGGAAACGAUUAUGCCUAGAUUGUUAUGAAUUUCGUUUGUUGAAAAAUGACUGGACGUCCCUGGCCGCACGAUCAAGUCUCCCUCCAUUUUCAACCCGCUACUAAUUUCCAUCGCAGUGGUAAAAAUGUCUUACAUUUGUUAGGGAAGAGAGAAGUCUCUCCCAGAACAAAGUAUGCGCCAGAAAGGCGAUGGGGAGAAGCACCUAAACAGAAUGCCGAUUCUUCAUCUGGGCCUAAGAUUGAGCCCAUUGGGGAUGCCAGACGUGGCCUCAUUUCCUGGGCUGAGGAAGAGUCUUUGCGGCAUUUAUCAGGCAAGUAUUGUCCUCUAGUGCCUCCUCCAAGGUCAACAAUUGCUGCAGCAUUUAGUCCUGAUGGAAGAACACUUGCUUCAACCCAUGGUGAUCACACUGUGAAGAUUAUUGAUUGUGAAAUGGGAAAAUGCUUAAAGGUGUUGAGCGGUCAUCGGAGGACACCUUGGGUGGUUAGAUUCAACCCAGUACAUCCGGAAAUUCUUGCAAGUGGGAGCUUGGAUCAUCAAGUUCGUUUAUGGGAUGCAAAGACAGCGGAGUGUAUAGGAUCUCGUGAUUUCUAUCGUCCAAUUGCUUCCAUUGCUUUUCAUGCAGAAGGAGAACUUCUUGCUGUUGCAUGUGGUCACAAGUUGUACAUAUGGCACUACAACCAGAAAGGAGAGGCUUCCUCACCAGCCAUUGUAUUGAAGACAAGACGAUCUCUCCGAGCUGUGCACUUUCACCCGCAUGCUGCUCCUUUUCUCUUGACUGCUGAGGUAAAUGAUCUUGACUCUUCAGAUUCUUCAAUGUCACUGGCGACAUCACCAGGUUACUUGCAUUAUCCUCCUCCUGCAGUUCUUGUGACAAGUAGUCAGGCUAGUGAUCAUGUUGGUUUGGCAGCUGAGCCUUCUUUUACGUCAUUGCCUUGCAUGAUUGUGCCUUCAUUUACCAUUGAUGAUUCGAUAAUGGAUUUGCAAUAUGUUAGUAGGCUUGUUGGUACAACUGGCAUGCUAGUUGGGUCUUCUUCUUCAAUGCAAUUUCAAACAGAUGCAACUAUGGGAGAACAGCAUCAUAGUACAGUAUCUCCCACGGAGACAUUUUCUGCAAUUCCUUCGGGCUUGUGUCAUGGUACAGAAGACCCUGUAAAUAAUUCUGUUCCUUUUAGGAUGGAAAGUGGUUCUGCUGACCCCUCAAUGGAUGCUAUGGAUACUGAUGAAGUGCAGCCUGUAAGGGAAAGCAGGGAAACAAACUCUACUAACCUCGAUCGUUAUAGUAGUGCAGGGGGGGGAGUAUCUAGGAAUGUUUCUAACCGACCUGAUGUCAGGGAAUUUGGGCAACUUCAGCAGUUUUUACCCUUUGGAGCAAUUUGUUGGGAGUUGCCUUUUUUGCAAGGGUGGUUAAUGGGUCAACAAACUGGUGGUCCCUCUAUGCAUCGUCAUAGUGAAAAUUUAACACAAUACAUGGGUUCUUCCUCAACGUUGCAAUCAUCAACUGGAAGCACGGAGGCUGCAGCAGCUUCAUUUGGAAUACCCAACAGCAUUAACCAAUCUGGGGUUUCUAGAAGAACUAGAUUGCAACAUGUUUCACGAUCUCGCUUCUCAGUUUCUGAAUCUGGUGAAGUUGCUGUGCCUAGUAACCCUGUGCAUGAUGGCGCUGAUACUCAACAGAUUAUAAGUAGAAUCCAAUCUGAACUUGCCACAUCACUGGCUGUAGCUGCAGCUGCAGAGUUGCCUUGCACGGUGAAGCUUAGGGUGUGGUCACAUGAUGUAAAAAAUCCCUGUGCAGUACUAAAUGCUGACAAGUGCCGCUUAACUAUACCACAUGCUGUCCUUUGUAGUGAAAUGGGUGCCCAUUUUUCACCUUGUGGGAAAUUUUUAGCUGCUUGUGUUGCUUGUGUGCUUCCUCAUAUGGAAGCUGAUCCUGGAUUACAGGCAAUGGUCCAUCGAGAUGCUGGGGCUGCAACAUCCCCAACUCGACACCCAAUCUCAGCACACCAAGUCGUGUAUGAGCUUCGGAUAUAUUCUCUUGAGAAGGCAACCUUUGGGUUGGUGCUUAUUUCACGAGCAAUUAGAGCUGCUCAUUGUUUGACAUCAAUCCAGUUCUCACCCACUUCCGAACACAUAUUACUUGCCUAUGGUCGACGUCAUGGUUCGCUUCUUAAAAGCAUUGUCAUUGAUGGGAAAACAACAUCUCCUAUAUACACAGUACUAGAGGUUUAUAGAGUUUCUGAUAUGGAACUCGUGAGAGUACUUCCUAGUGCAGAGGAUGAGGUAAAUGUUGCGUGCUUUCAUCCUUUCGCUGGAGGGGGUCUUGUCUAUGGAACCAAGGAAGGGAGACUAAGAGUUCUUCAGUACGAUGGUGCUCAUGGUACCAAUUCCAGCACACCAAAUUAUUUCCCUGAAGAAAACAUGGCUGAGGUAGAAUAGCAAAACAAGGUGUAGACAUUUGCUUUAGGAUGCUGCAAAUAGUGAUCUCCCUUCAUACAUGAUCUGUACAGACAAGCCGAAAGAUGGAUUUGCGAUUGGGUUGGGGCAGUAGGGGGCAGCUACUAAAACAACUUUUUGGUAUGUUGUGUAACUACUAAUUAAAAGAAAAGUUUUAACUUUGCUCCAACUGAAAUUCAUCUAAUAACCUUAAUUUUGAUUAGUGUUUAUAUUGCAUAAUUAGUAAACUUUUCUUUAA